AUGAGUACAGAUAAAGGUAUAAAGGUUACUUCUGGAAUCUGUGAAUUAGUUGAACAAAUAUUAGCCUUACUCUCCCGGUAUCUUUCAUCUUAUAUCCAUGUCCUGAAUAAGUUCAUCAGUCAUUUGCGAAGAGUAGCCACUCUACGAUUCGAGAGAACUACUUUGAUUAAAUUUGUUAAGAAAUUGAGAUUUUACAAUGAUUGCGUAUUGAACUAUAAUGCAUCUGACUUUAUUAAUGAAAGUAAAGGCGAAUUAGAUCCGAAUGCAGAUCCGCUUGACAGGGUGAUUUUACCAGUAGCUUCAAUGUUUGUCAAAUGUGUCGAAACAUUCGACUUGCUGAACUAUUAUUUAACGCAAUCAUUACAAAAAGAAAUUCUAUCCAAGACUUUGAAUGAGGAUCUAACAUUAACAGCAGAAUCCAUACUAGCUAUUGAUGAUAGUUACAAUCAUUUCGUGAAGUUUUCUCAAUGGAUGAUUGAGUCCUUGCGCAUAGGCAGCAACUUACUAGAUUUAGAAGUUGUUCAGUUUGCCAUCAAAUGUGCUGAUGAGGACGGUACAAAUACUGGAGAAACAGAUAAUAUCUUCUUACAAGAAAUCCUUCCUGUCAAUUCUGAAGAGGAAUUUCAGACCUUAUCAGCUGCGUGGCACUCCAUUUUAGAUGGUAAGUUGAGUGUCUUGGACGACGAGUUUGAUGUUGUCGCCGCUAAGUGGCAUGAUAAAUUUGGUAAGUUGAAAAACUAA